UCACAUACAAUAUACAUAUUAGCAAGCCUUAUGUAAUGCUAAGAAAUUAUAGAUAGAUAUACUAACUCCUAACUCUUGUGUUGUCAUGAUGAUAAAUAGGUACUUGAUCGUUAUCGAUGAUAUAUGGAAUGAAUAUUCAUGGAAAGAAAUCAAUCACGCUUUGAUGAAUGGUAAAGCUGAAAGUAGAGUAAUCACAACUACUCGGAAUCAUGCAGUAGCCAACAUGGCAGAUGAUGUUUACAGGCUAAAACCUCUUUCACAUUUGCACUCUAAAGAGUUACUCAAUAGAAGACUAUUUGAUGGUAAAGACAACGUCCCUAGUGAUGUACCGGAGGUAUCAGAAAAGAUUUUAUCGAAAUGUGGUGGUAUACCACUAGCCAUCAUUGAAAUGGCUAGUUUUUUGUACAUGAAACCAAGGGUUCAUUGGUCUAAGGUGUAUGACAAUGUCGGUUAUGAGUCAGAUGUUGGAGGCAAUGCAGAUGUCUGGAAGGCGACGAGAGAGGUACUAUCAUCUAGUUAUUAUGAUAUGCCUGAUUUUCUGAGGGCAUGUUUAUGGCAUCUACACAUUUUUCCAGAAGACUGUUUAAUCAAGAAAGAAACUUUGAUCUGGAAGUGGGCAGCCGAAGGUUUAAUCGAUGAGGAACCAGGGAAAGGGCUAUCUGAGCUUGGAGAAUUAUGCUUCCAAGAACUCAUAAAUAGAAACCUGGUCAUGUCGGUAGAGGAUGACUCACAUUGCGGGAAGGUAAUUGGUUGCCGUGUCCAUUAUUUGGUGCUUGAUAUGAUCUGUUCCUUAUCAACUCAAGAGAACUUUGUUACCGUCCUGGACGGUAGCAAGCAACAACCCCCUGUUGCAAGCAAGACUCGCAGGUUGGCUGUCCAAAAGAGGGUCGCGAAGCAGGGUGACCCUCUAACUAACAUUCGCCCGGAAAAUCUGAGGUCAUUUAAUACCAUGGGGUGUCAUUUUAGUACGGAUCUAUCACUUUCAAGCUUUGAACGUCUCCGUGUGGUUGCUAUAGAGGAAUGUACUUUCAAUGAAGGGGGGAGUUAUAAUCUUAAGUAUCUUGGGAGAUUACUUCAGCUAAGGUACCUCGGACUAUAUAACACACGUAUUGAUGAGCUACCGCAAGACAUAGGGGAUCUAAGAUUUUUGCAGACACUGGACUUGAGGGGAACCAGGGUCAAAGAAUUGCCAGGGAGAGUUGCUCGCCUAAGGCAACUCAAGUGCCUGCGAGCUGAUGAAGGCACAGCAGUGCCGGACUGGAUGGGGAAUCUGACAUCCCUAGAGGAACUGCUGCUGGGCGAAGUCAGCAAGUCGGUAAACUUUGUGAAUGAGCUGAGCAAACUGACAGAGCUGAGGAAGCUAGAGAUUCGGACUGAGAAGUUGGAUAAGAACCAAAGCAAAGCUUUGGUGCAGUCUAUGAGAAAUCUAGAGAAAAUUCAAGUCCUAAGACUUACGAUGCGUUAUUGGUGGCCAUCACUUGGUGAGCUCAACUGGGGAGACUUUGACCCACCUAGACAACUCCGUGAGUUGCACCUAAUGAGCAUCGCAUCCUCUCAGCUGCCCGCGUGGAUCAACGCCUACCGUGUUCCGGUUCUCUCACACUUGUAUGUGAAUGUGAUGGCUGUGAAAGACCAGGAUCUAGAGAACCUUGGGAGAUUGCCAGAGCUCAUUAGUCUGGAGCUGCUGACGCCGUCGAAUAUCUCCCCUACCAUCAAGGGAGACCGUGCAUUCCCCAAGUUGAGGUGCUUUCACACGUCCACAUCAUUCAGUUUUUCAGAGGGAACUAUGCGAAGCCUGGAAUUAUUUCACUUCAAAGUCGACAUCUCGGCCUUGAAGGAUGCCAACGUUAACUUUCAUGAAGGAUUUGUUGCAUCAACAAUGAAGAACCUCCCUUCGCUUCAGAAAGUCGAGGCGGAAAUCAGCUUCACCGGUGACAUCAAGGCGAUACAUGAAGCGCUGAAGCGUGCAGUGGACGAACAUCCGAACAGUCCCAGCCUUCAUGUCAAAACUAAUCAGGUUGCCACUGCGCAGAAAAGACUACUGUAAUCAUGUCACCGGCUGCAGGGCCAUCUCGUCAGUCUUUGAUCUUAGUUCUUGUUUGAAGGGGCAAAAACACCCAGAAAAACUGUCAAAAUGAAAAAAGAAGGAAAAAAAUUGUCUUUAUGUUGCUUACAUAUAUUGUAAAAAAUCUAGUUUGGUGAACCAAGUUUGCUCAGUGUGUAAUAAGGCUAGUUUGGUAGCGUGCCAGGUUUUUUGUCCCCUAGGUUUUGUUCCCAGCGAAUGUAACUAGAGGGUUUUCCUGGUGUGCGUCGAACUCAGCGAACCUAUUUCCAUUUUCUACUAUUGUGUUGAAUUGUCUACACUCUUGUAAGUU